AUGAGUCAAACGACAUAUUCCCUCGGCACUGUUUCUCCAUAUUCUAUUGGCAUUGGUGACUUCAACAAUGACAAUCGAAUGGAUUUAGUCGCCACCAAUAAUGGCACUGACAAUAUAGCUCUACUUGUCGGGCAUGGCAACGGUACUUUUGCAAGCGCAAAAAUGUAUUCAACUGGAUCUUCUUCAUCAAUCUCCAUUGCCAUAGGUGAUUUAAACAAAGAUAAUCGUUUAGACAUUACCUUCAUCAACAAUGAUACGGGCACCAUAGGUAUUAUGCUUGGCUAUGAUGAAUUUUUUCCUAUUCAAAUGACAUAUGCAACUGACCUUGCACCGUACUCUGUAGAUAUUGGUGAUUUCAACCACGACACACGCCUAGAUAUCGUCGUUGCCAAUAGGGGCAGCAACACUAUAGGUGUACUUUUGGGAUAUGGAAAUGGUUCUUUUGCUGAACAGAUGACAUAUUCAACUGACUCUUGGCCAUUCUCUGUAGCUGUUGGUGACUUUAACAACGACACACGAUUAGAUAUUGUAGUUGCUAAUAGGAAUAGCAACACUGUAGGUGUACUUCUGGGAUAUGGAAAUGGUUCUUUUGCAAAUCAAACGACAUAUUCAACUGACUCUGGCCCAGAAGCUGUAGCUGUAGGUGAUUUUAACAAUGACACUUAUCUGGAUAUCGUCGUCGCUAAUGCUGGUGACAAUACUGUCAGUGUACUUCUCGAAUAUGGCGAUGGCUUCUUUGCAAAUCAGACGACAUUUUCAACUGGUGCUGCGCCAGGGUCUGUAGCUGUUGGUGAUUUUAACAACGAUACCCAACUGGAUAUCGUCGUUGCUAAUUUUCGUGGCAACACUGUAAGUGUACUUCUAAGAUAUAGCAAUGGCUCUUUCGCAAAUCAAACGACAUAUUCAACUGGCUCUAGACCAAUAGCUCUAGCUGUUGGUGAUUUUAAUAAUGACAACCAACUGGAUAUCGUCGUUGUUAAUCGGGAUGACAACACUGUAAGUGUCCUUCUUGGAUAUGGAAAUGGCUCUUUUGCAAAUCAAACGACAUAUUCAACUGGCUCUAGACCAAAAUCUGUAGCUGUUGGUGAUUUUAACAACGACAUCCAACUGGAUAUCGUCGUUGCUAAUUUUGGUGGCAACACUGUAAGUGUCCUUCUUGGAUAUGGCAAUGGCUCUUUUGCAAAUCAAACGACAUGUUCAACUGGCUCUGGCUCACAAGCUGUAGCUGUUGGUGACUUUAAUAACGACAAUCGAUCGGAUAUUGUCGUCGCUAAUUUCAAUGAUGACACUGUAAGUAUACUACUUCGAUAUGACAGAGGAGCUCUGAAAGAUAAAAUCACAUUUGCGCCUACCGAUGGUUCUCGUUUGCGAAACUUUGCCAUUUUUGAUUUCAAUAACGAUAGCCUACUGGAUAUCGCUGUUGUCAAUUAUGGUACUAAUAACAUAGGUGUCCUUCUUGGAUAUGGGAAUGGCGCUUUUGGAAAUCAAACGGUGCUCUCAACAGGCUUAAAUUCUCAUCCUUACUCCAUUACUAUCCAUGAUUUCAAUAGAGACGGUCAAGCAGAUAUAGCCGUGGCCAAUUAUGAUACUAAAAAUCUUGUUACGUUUCUUGGAAGUGGAAAUGGAACAUUUGAAAAUCAAGGACGUUACGGUGUAGAUUUCAAUUUCGCUCCACUGAUGAUUGGUGCUGGUAGUUUCAACACAGAUGGGCGUUCAGAAAUUUUCGUUGCAUAUGAUGACAUCGAUUAUGUAGAUGUGCUGGUUACAUACGACAUCGGAUCUUUCAGUCAUGACAAUAAAUAUUCAACUGGCGGCUGGCCCCAAUCUGUAGCUCUUGGCGAUUUUAAUAACGACACCCAUCUGGAUAUCGUCAUCGGUAAUCAGUACGACAACACUGUAAGUAUCCUUCUCGGAUAUGGAAAUGGUUCUUUCACUAAUCAAACGACAUACUCAACUGGUUUUAACCCAUACUCUGUAACUGUUGGUGAUUUUAACAACGACACCAAUCUGGAUAUCGUCGUCGCUAAUUCUGAUGACAACACUGUAAGCAUCCUUCGUGGAUAUGGCAAUGGCUCUUUUGCAAAUCAGACGACAUAUUUAACUGGCUCUGGCCCACAAGCUAUAGCUGUUGGUGACUUUAAUAAUGACAAUCGACCGGAUAUUGUCGUCACUAAUUAUAAUGACAAUACUGUAAGUGUUCUUCUCGGAUAUGGCAAUGGCUCUUUUGCAAAUCAAACGACAUAUUCAACAGGGUAUGAACCAUGGCCUGUAACUGUUGGUGAUUUUAAUAACGAUACUCGAUUGGAUAUCGUCGUUGCUAAUUUUGGUGACAACACUGUAAGCAUCCUUCUCGGAUAUGGCAAUGGCUCUUUUGCAAAUCAAACGACAUAUUCAACUGGUGCUGAGCCAAAGUCUGUAGCUGUUGGUGAUUUUAAUAAUGACAGCCAACUGGAUAUCGUCGUUGUUAAUCAGAAUGACAACACUGUAAGUGUCCUUCUCGGAUAUGGAAAUGGCUCUUUUGCAAAUCAAACCACAUAUUCAACUGGCUCUGUCCCACAAUUUGUAGCUGUUGGUGAUUUUAACAACGACACCUUAUUGGAUAUCGUCGUCACUAAUUGGAAUAACAACACUAUGAGUAUCCUUCUUGGAUAUGGCAAUAGUGUUUUUGCAAAUCAAAUGACCUAUUCAACUGGCACUAGUCCUUCAUCUGUAGCUGUUGGCGAUUUUAAUAAUGACACCCGAUUGGAUAUCGUCGUCACUAAUCAGAAUGGAAAAAGUGUCAGUGUAUAUCUGGGAUAUCCUAAUGAAGGUUUUCUUAAGCAAAUGAGACUCAUAACUGACAAUGGAUCUCGCUGUAAGUCAUUCGCCGUUGGAGAUUUUAACAAUGACGGUCAAAUAGAUAUUGCAGUUGCAAAUUCAGGCACUAACAACAUCAGUAUUUUUCUGAGACACGACAAUGGUUCUUUCGAAAAUCAAAUGGUAUAUGCAACUGAUUCCUCUCCGUGGUCAGUAGCCGUUGGUGAUUUCAACAACGAUACC